AUACUCCGUGGGAAAUCUUCGAAGGGCAAGGCAAGUCGGUGACGCACAUCAACCACCUUGGACUUUGGAGUGGAGGGCAGGGGGUUAUUGGUAGUGUUUCCACCAUCUACACUCUACAGUCAUGGGGUCCCUAGAGGAGCCUGUUCUUCAGCUCAGCCACAGUGACCCAGAUGACACCAGCUGGAUGUCCUCCACAAAUAUUGCGGGGUACGACUUCGAGUUCGACCCGCCGCUGGAGGCCAAGUACGAGUGCCCCAUCUGUCUGAUGUGCCAGCGGGACUGCGUUCAGACGUCGUGCGGCCACAAGUUCUGCGGGCCCUGCAUCCUGGCCUGGCUCAGACGGGAGCGCGAGCAGUGCCCUCAGGACAACCAGCCGCUGACAGAGAAUGACAUCUACCCGGACAACUACACGCGCCGCGAGAUCCUACAGCUGCGCGUCCACUGUCCCAACAGCAAGAGCGGCUGUCCGACUCUGGUGGAGCUGGCUAACGUCGACAGACACCUGACAGAGUGCGAGUACCAGAUCGUGCCCUGCCCGAACCGGUGCUCGAUGCGCACCAUGAAGAGGGAGAUCGCCGACCACUGCCAGAGCAGCUGCCUGCGACGGCUGGUCAACUGCUCACUGUGCAACGAACAGUUCCAACUCAACCAGCAAAAGUCGCACCUGACCACGUGCCCUCUGGUGGCGCUGACGUGCGAGUCGUGUCAGACCGUCACCCCGCGCCAGGAGAUGCAGCACCACUUGGCCGAGGAGUGCCCUCGCACGGUGGUGCCGUGCACCUUCCACGAGGUGGGCUGUAAGGAGCGUAUGGUGCGCGCCGAUCUGCCCAUCCACCUGCAGGAGAACACCCAGAACCACAUGAAGCUUCUGGUGGCCUCCUACAAGAACGUGUCCGGCUUCAUGUCGGACCUGGGCCGGGCCGUGGGCGCCCUCACCUCCCCGCUGGCGUCUCCGAGUCUGAACCGGCAGGGCAGCUCCACCAGCUGUGCCAGCGAGAUGCAGCGCCAGUGGAGCUGCAGCUCCAUGCAGGAGGGCGCCUGCGCCACCGCGGCGCCCCACCACCGAUCUGUCUCCGUGCCCUCGGUACCGGUGGAGGGAGCACGCGGCACCAGCGAGCUCGAACAAAGGCUGCAGAUGGACUUCAGCAAGUGGGACCUCGGCAAAAAGUCCGCCUCACCAGAAAAAGUCAUCAAGGACAUCUGCGAGAAGCACGUCCGUCUGGAGCAGCGCUCUCGCGAGCACGCCAUUCAGAUUCAGAACCAGCGCACCCAGAUCAAGGAGUUGAAGGAGGCACUGCGGCGCGCCACGCAGGCGCCGCACGAGAUGCUCGGCAGGUACUGCAACGGCACGUUCGUCUGGCGCUUCCACAACUUUGCCGCCGAGAUCCGCGAGAUGACCGACAACAACGCCAAGGUGGUCCAUUCGCCCAGUUUCUACACGUCUCCGUUCGGCUACAAGCUGUGUCUGCGCGCCAACCUGUACGUGCGGGACGGCGAGUGCUACCUGGCGCUCUUCAUACACAUGCGGCGCGGCGAGAACGACGAUAUCCUCGAGUGGCCCUUCUCUGGACGGUUCAUCGUCUCGCUGAUUGACCAGUCGGACAACUCUCUGCGGCACAACUUCACCGAGGUGAUGCUCACUAAACCCGGCCUGGAGGCGUUCGAGCGGCCCCGCGACGACCGCAACAUCAAGGGCUGGGGAUUCCAGCAGUUCAUGCAGCUGAGUCGCGUGCGCAGCCACUACCUGCGUCGAGACACGGUCAUCAUCAAAUGCGUGGUGCAGGUGGGAAACGGCUACCGCGAGGAGGCCAUCCCCGCCGGCCGCUAGGCGGCGCCAGCGGCGGAGAAGGAAGGCUGACAUCGACAGUUGGGCCGAUAGGGGGUGCCCACACAGAGUGACAACUCUCGGCGAUUGCUGAGAGGAGUGAGGCUGAUGCAGGAAGCGGGUACGAUGCGAUAAUGGUGGUCCCGAUGUGAUUGAAGGCAACCGAACAUUCCAGUGGCUUAUGUGUUCCGUCCGUGCGACUGAUUGUUGUGAGUGAUAGAGACGUGUAGUGUUGAGUUAGGACGAGUUGUCGGCCGGCUGACGGUGCUAUACAGCACCCGGUUAGAUUAGUGAGUGGUAACUAGAGACUGUGAUGGGCGCGACACGUGCCGCUCAAGCGUGAGAGAGCUCGCGCGAGGUGAGAGUGCUCGAGACAUGGAGCCAGUUGACUGGCUAGUACUCCCAGCUGACUGCAAGUUGUUGAAACCGUCAGAGUUGUGCUGCUUUCCUGAAGUUGAGACUUCUGCUGCUGUUGAGAAGAUGCUAGAGUAUAUUGCGCGCGGUUUGUGAUUCUGAUCAAAUGAUCGAAGAUUGCCGAUCAAAGAAUGUUCCAUGCGCUCGAACGAAUUGGAACCGAGAGUGACGUGUAUUUUCUGGAUGUCUUUGAAGGUUUCUUGCCGGACGAUAUGAAGGCGUCUAUAUUUGAUCAAUUUUCUGCCGUCUGCCGGCGACGUGUGGUGCUUGUCUUGGGGCCGGCGGCCGGAGCCGCCCGCUGUUGUCGCUGUCUUGGAUCAUGUGCCGUCCGACGGUGCCUUUGGCCGCUGCUGCCCGGGGUUGGCCGCCCGCCGCUCCGGGCAGGCGCUGUGAUUGUUGUCUGUCCGCGUGUCCGUCUGUCUAGUCCAGUCUGGUGUGUGUAGGAUGUCGCCUUUCAUCGCUGUAGACCGCUGGUGGUGACCAUUUUUCGACCAGCUUCGCCGUUGUCCGGCAGCCUGAACAAGCGCCUUACCCCAGCGAGGUGUGUUCUGUGCUUCUCAGCGGGUCACUGGCAUAGUUUGAGGCCAGCCCACAGUGAUUCCUGUCCUCUAACGCCUGUGUGGCUCGAACAACGGUGUCUCUGACUGUCCGGUCCCCUGGGCGCCCCGCACGAGGCCUUGGCGGCACCCACCGUGGCAAACAUGUUUGGAAAAGUCCGCCGGACUCAGCGCCUGACGCGUGUCAGCGCAUCGCCGGCGCAUGUUGCACGUUUGAUGGAAUCUAUUUUAAUGGAUUGUUGUUGUGUGCUCACCGGUACGUCGUGUCGGCGGCCGCGGCGGCUGUCGCCCGUUCUUUGGUCGCUCACUGAGUGCUCGUGUGCCCGCACCUGCCUGAUGGGAGAGGGAGGGAGGGCCAGGCCGACCGGCUCCGCCAGAGAUGGUCUAGGACUGCGGGGUAGCCCUGCACUGUCAGUGGACAACAGGCGGUGAGCUGUGGAACUCUCCGAGAUAGCGUCUGUCCACAUACGGAUUUGCGACUCCUACAUUCCAGCAGAACCGUCCGAACUCGAGGCACAUCGGCCCGCGAACCCGGCAUAAUCGUCACUGCUUUACCUGCGUUGUGAUUCCAUACAAGUAUGGUUGUGGACAGUUCUGUUGAGCGCUCUUGUGUUCUAUUGGAUGUUCCGAUAGGUAUUGGAAGCCUUUUGCCUACAUACUGUUGUCUGUGUUUUGAUAGUUUUAUGGUCCGUGUAUUUUUUGUCGCUGAUUAUGUACCUAACCAAUAAGCAUUCCGCAUUUGUAACACGAGGCCGUCGCGGCGAAUCCGUCAUUGCGGUGUGUAUUUUUUUGUACAUAGCCUCUCAGUGCUGGCGGCUGAGGCCGGGCCGGGCGCGGCUCUCAGUCGAACUGGCGGGCUAUGCCUCAGCGGGGCAUGGGAAUCUCCAUUCGCGUCAGGCGUGUGUCCAGUGUCCCACAAAUAAACACAAACACACAA